UUUUGGUCACAAAAAUAUCAUCAAGCUUCUAAAUUUAGGCGCAAUGCAUGUGGAAUGAAUUUAAGCCAGUGUACAGACGCACACAGACAGGGAGACGGAUGAACUCCAUAUACAUUCAUUUUCACUCAUUUGAACCAAAGAUGCACAAUAGCUUACCCGGUCAUGAACAGCAUAUUUAUUGAUCAGCACAACAACAAGCCUAAUUUAAUAUGGGCCUGUAAUAAAUAACAAGUUUAAAACAACAUUUAUUUCAGUAUGUUUCGCACAGCAUAUUUUAUGUGUUAAAUGAUAUACGGACAGGCUAGGAAAUGCUAGAAAGUUAGGUUUCCCCUUUCGUGUGUGUGUGUUUAGAAGGGCCAUUCGUAAAAAAAAAACUGUAGCAGAAAGUAUUAUUUUUUAAUACUUUAUACACAUAGUGGGCUUGCCAAGCACACCACAGUGAAAUUUAAAGGCAAGAAGCCAAACAUCCCUCUGCACAGUUCUCUUUUCUCCAACGAUUCGUUCCUGUAACAAAACAAUAUUAAUUGUGUGAUAUCUUUAUGGAUAUUUAUUACUGUACUAAUCUUCAUACUUGUAAGGUUCCCUCCACCAGCUGUUAUUUCAGAACAUGCCAGGCGCAUCUCUUACACUACUUUUCCUCCAGCCUGACACUGUACGCAGAGUUUUGCUCGUCGCGCCGUGAUGUUUGUGUGCUCUCAAUUUUAUACAUAUAUAUAUAAUACUUAUACUAUAUAUAUAAGGAUAUAAUACUUGUAUCUCGGUGAUUAAACACGUGUCAUUAAUGUGAACAUCCUGAUACGAAAUGCCCACCGCAUCCUGCUGAUCGAGUUUACUGUCAGCACGAAGUUUUCUCUUCAUAACACUUACAGCAUAACCACAAAAUUUUCGAAUUUUUAAGCAUUUACUAUUUAAAAAGUAGAUAAAUUAAACUUCUCAUUACUUUUUAAUUUGCUGUUAGGGAAUUUUUUUAAAAACGGCGACCUUUUUCAAUCUUUCUCUUUGCUUAUGUGUCUCGGUAACAGCAACUAAACUGCUGACUACCGCUUCUUUAACCUCCGACCUCGUGCUGCGCGUGCGCUCAAUGACGAUCUCCGUCGUUGGCUGUGGAGGUGACGUCACAUAUGUGGCGCCCGAUAGUGUUGUGGACACAAUGCUCGCUUGUAAACAUUGGACAGAAACGGUCGGUGUGUGAACCUUGAUCGAGGUGCAGCGUUUUCUCUGGGUUUUCGGUUUCUCCCUUCACCUGCCAUCAUUCCUCUCCUUGAUAGUGCGAAAUCGUCUCUAGGUGGAAGCACUUUCCUCCUAAACCAGCUAACCAACCAAUCACAAUAGCGUCGAUCUCCAGGUCUGAGCAACGUCCUUCUUCCGCCACUUUCCAAUAUGCUUGUCCAGCUCUCAUCGACUGAUUCAAAUCACCUCCGCGUGCUUUUCUAUUUUCAAAAAUGGAGACCAGCCUCGUACCGACGGUCUCUCUAAUCGUGUAAAACAGGAAACUAUGCAGAUGACUACUCAUCAGUAAAGGAAGUGGGAAAAGCCAAGCAUUCAAACAGCAAUCCUACUAAUUUAAAUUUGAAACAUUUUUACUGCUGUUGUUUUAAACAAGGUGCUCAUGAGUAAAAACAAUGGAGUGUGUAAAGAGAAGCAUACAUAUCGCCCUGGUUUUCAACAUAGUUUUAGUGGUUGCAAUACUGGUUGUGUCCUUUGUGGGCAACAAAGCGAGGCAGACAUCAUGGGACUGUAGAACUAAUGCCACCAAAGACAGACACCUGCAGGAUGUGUCAGCUCCUCAGACCUACUGUUUUAAAUUAGAAGAACUGCAUGCAAGAAAGAGGAUUUAAAACAACAUAUAAAGACAACCACACACUAUGCUGCGGGAACCUGGCUGUGCAUCUGCGCUCUUUGCUGUUAGAGGAAUUAAAAGAGACGCUGACAAUCGAUGCAAUGAGAGAGAAACGUCUGAGACAGGUCAAGAGCAGCAUGCUGGAAAUCAGAAAAGAUUCUUCAAUGGUUGAUCGACGACCGGCCGCUCAUCUGGGUGUUUCCCCGACAAUCAAUACGAACUCAUUAAACGAUAAUCUGGCUCUGCGAAUAUUAUGGGAUACCAGCCGAAGUCCAUCUUUCAUCACAGGAGACCUGGUGUUCAAGCAGGAUCGGGUUGUGGUGAAGACACCUGGUUAUUAUUUCAUAUACGCCGGCUUGCAAUUCAUGAUGGAUCCCGCCAUAGUUUCUUCCUCUACGAUAGUGACCUACGUCUACAGGGACAAGAAUGACACGGAAGUUAAUCGCAAAAAGCUGAUGACAUCGCGAAUAUCGUCCUGCAAGGACUGGCGGGAGGGUCAGGCGGGGCCCACGUCCACGUACCUGGCCGGCGCCUUCCUGCUUCAUGAGGACGAUGAGAUCAGCGUUCUAACGACAAGUCAGAGCAUGCUGCAACGGCUACCGGCCACCACAUACUUCGGCAUUCAUCUCAUUUAGUGGCAUAGCCUCUCUACUUUGAGCGGAACACAUUCAAUAAAUAAUGACAAACACGACAAUGAUAGAGUAAAUACUCAUCUUCUAACUUCUUGCAGGUAUCAGUGUAUAGAUUAUGUAUGUGUAUUUAUUGUGUGUGUGUGUGGAAUGAACUACUUCAUUGUCCAGUUGAAGAAAUAAAGAAGGAUAAUAAAUUUCUAUUAUAUACGUCCUUCGCUCAAAGUCCUAGUUUGAGAAAGUGAGAGACAGGGAGGAAUCAAAUGAGGAGAGAGCGAUGCACCAAGCUUAGCCGAAUCUUGGUGUGUUUGCUGGGAGGGAGCGAGCAAGAGAAAGUCAUGAGCUGUCAACCUAUAAAGUUAGGGAAGGGACAUCAAGCCUCCAAGUGUUUCGCUGUACAAUGCGCGUUUAUAAGCUUGAAUAAAGCGAUAGAUAAAAAGCUGGCAAUAAAAUCACAGCUGUGAUAGUAAACUGUUUAAUAUUAAAUACAACACUGGUAUUUAUGCUGAUGAGUAACAGGGUUUAAAGAUAGAUCAGCCGUACUGAAAAUGUCAUAGAUACAUAUCUGUCACGAUGACCAGCAUGUAUGAGCAUUUGAUACACAAUAAAACUCUUGUUCUGUU